CCUGUUGUCCACCGGCGCCAUUUUGGGAGAAGCCGAAGUCGGGGAUUGUGGUGGAGAAUAACUUCGCGCACUGCGGGUGGAAAAAAAAAAGCCUUUCUGUUUCUUUUUUAGAUUGUUUUAGCUGUUUAGCGGCGCAUUAUAAACUUGAUCUAGAAGCAAAGUGUUGCUGAAGGUAAAGAGAAGUGAUUCAGAGCUUUGUUUGAAGAAGAAGGAGGAGUAAUAACGAUCGGAGGUCAAGAGCGGCCUAAGUGAAGCCGAGUCGAGAAAGGACAGCGUUGGAAGGCGUUUGAAACGAGAACGCUGUUUGUUCUUUUUAAAGGUUGAUUGGCAGUAUGGCAGACGAUUUCGAUAUUGAGGCUAUGCUUGAGGCUCCUUAUAAAAAGGAUGAGAACAAGCCCAGUAAUGCGAAUGGCCACGAGGAGCGCAGUAAGAAGAAAAAGAAGAGCAAGAGCAAGAGUCGCAGUAGAAGCCGCGACCGGAAGAGGAGCAAAAGCCGGGACCGCAAGAAAAGCCACGACAGGAAGAGGAGCCGGAGCCGCGACAAGAAGCGCAGCCGCAGCCGGGACCGCCGCCGCAGCCGGUCUCGUAGCAAAGAGAGGAGCGGCCGCUACAGAGCGCGGAGGAGCCCCUUUUCUGGGCCGAAAUUUAACGGUGGUUCCAGAGGGAAGAUUGGCCCACCACCUGCCAUCAAACUAAGCAGGAAACGCUCCAGAAGUAGAAGCCCUUUCAGGAAAGACAAAAGCCCGGUCAGAGAGCCUAUUGAUAACCUAACGCCUGAGGAAAGAGAUGCCCGCACAGUUUUCUGCAUGCAGCUUGCUGCCAGAAUUCGACCACGGGACCUUGAAGAGUUUUUCUCUGCUGUAGGAAAAGUAAGAGAUGUGAGAAUGAUUUCUGACAGAAACUCGAGGAGAUCAAAGGGGAUCGCUUACAUCGAGUUUGUAGAAGCAAACUCUGUGCCACUGGCAAUCGGUCUGACAGGACAGAGGCUUCUGGGAGUGCCAAUCAUUGUGCAGGCUUCACAGGCUGAGAAGAACAGGGCUGCUGCCAUGGCCAAUAACUUGCAGAAAGGCAAUGCUGGUCCGAUGAGGUUGUACGUAGGAUCUUUGCAUUUCAAUAUCACAGAGGACAUGCUCCGGGGGAUCUUCGAGCCUUUUGGAAGGAUUGAGAGUAUUCAGCUGAUGAUGGAUAGUGAAACUGGGCGAUCCAAAGGAUAUGGCUUCAUUACAUUUUCAGAUGCUGAAUGUGCCAAAAAGGCAUUGGAACAAUUGAAUGGAUUUGAACUGGCUGGUAGGCCAAUGAAAGUAGGACAUGUGACUGAGCGCACUGAUGCAUCCACAGCCAGCUCGUUCCUGGACAGUGACGAGCUGGAAAGGACUGGGAUAGAUCUCGGUACAACGGGCCGACUGCAGCUGAUGGCCAGGCUUGCUGAAGGUACUGGAUUACAGAUCCCUCCAGCAGCUCAGCAGGCUCUGCAAAUGAGUGGCUCAAUCUCAUUUGGCGCAAUGGCAGCUGUUACAGAUUUACAAGCAAGGCUGACUCAACCGCCCGAAGCUGCUGCCACCCCUGCCUUGAAUUUAAACCUCAAUACAGCUUUGAAUUUACCGACACAACCACUGGCAACACAUUGCUUCCAGCUGUCCAACAUGUUCAAUCCUCAAUCUGAAGAUGAACCCGGCUGGGAUGUAGAAAUCCAAGAUGAUGUUAUUGAAGAAUGCAACAAGCACGGAGGGGUUGUUCACAUUUACGUGGACAAGAAUUCACCACAAGGCAAUGUGUAUGUGAAAUGUCCAACUAUACCGGCUGCAAUGGCUGCUGUUAAUGCUUUGCAUGGAAGAUGGUUUGCAGGUAAAAUGAUCACCGCAGCGUAUGUUCCACUCCCGACAUACCACAACCUUUUCCCUGACUCCGUAAUGGCAACGCAGCUGUUGAUGCCUUCUCGGCGGUGAUUUUCCUCAAAGCUGAAAACCGCUUUAGUUGAGAAUGCGUAUUGGUCAGUCUGUACAUAGCAUUCGUGGUCUGCCUCCUUCCCCCGCCCCUUUUCUCCGAGAUAGAAAUCUCCUGAUCAGUGAUUGAUCAGGUCAGUGUACUUCAGUAGCAGUUUGCUGCCGAGAGGUUCUCCUUUAUUUUUUUUUUUCAUAUUCUAAGCGGGGAUUGAAGCGCCAUUUUUUCACGAGAGCUGUAACAUUGUGGAGUGUAUUUACAAUAGUACGGACAUGGGUGACAGAAGAUGGACCGAAUUGGAGUAAUAGUACGCCUGAUCUUGAGUAAUUUGAUAAAUAUUGUGCGUGAAAACAUGGGACGUGCAUAAUAAAGGGACAACAGUUUUUAUGUACAGCUUGCCUAAUGUUGGUCUUGUCUGUUGACCAUUUUAUCAUAUCUUGUAAAUGUUUUGUUGUACAUACAGCUGUCUCGUGCUUUAUAGGUUUAAGGCGGGCAAGUGUGUUGCAUUUCCUCACUAAAAAUCCAGAAGUGGAAAGUAAAGAUUUGUACCAGUAAAAAGAUUCUAGUUGGUGGAGCUAUCUGAAGGGGAGAAACAACAUUGCAAUGCCCCUUGCCUGUCUGCAUAUUGUGUUCUUCAAUGUUUUAAGCUCUAUGAGCUCUGGAGACUAAAUGACAGGUAAUUUCAUUUGUGUUAAUUCAAAGAGACCACCUGGUAUUUCUAUUAAGUAACUGUUUUUUGUAAUCAGGAUUUGAUUUUGUAAAGAAUUCUUGAUUAAAGUUCCUUUAAAGUAUA